AUGCUAAUUCCACUUUCUGCUAGGGAAGCUUGUUGGAGGGUGACUGGCUGUUCAUCUGCUGCUCAUGGCACGACAUUUCCUCCUUCUCGUACGGGAACCAGUCCCUGUGCGAGGGCUCGAGGGCAUGUCAUGCACUACCAAAGUCUAAAGAGACCCCAAAAAAUCCCACGGCAAAUCGCAAAUCCCAUGUUCUGUCUCGCCUACGGAUACUAUGUAAUACUGGGGGGGGGCUCGAAGGGAACUGCCUUUCCCGGACGAUAUGCUCCACCUGGGCAGAUUUGUCGUCCAUCUCAUCAUUCCUCCAAUUCCAUCCCGUGCACGCGAGACGGCUGUCCAAAACACACCAACCACAGACGAUACGCAGAUUACGCAGUUACGCGGCUUUCCCAGCAGUGA